GUGAUCUAACAUUCGGUAGUUGACUAAGGCGGAUGAAGAAUCAAGAUGGCUGACAAAACGCCUGCUAGUGCGCAGAAAGCCAGCGCUAAGGCUGUGUUGGAGAACAAGUUAAAGUCGUUCAGCAUUGGCAAGAUAGCUGUGGGAAAGAGGACCCUCAGUAAAAAAGAACAAGAUGAUAUUAAAAAGAAGGAGGAUGAGAGAGCAGCAGCAGAGAUCUAUGAGGAAUUCCUUGCUGCAUUUGAAGGCGGAGAUGCAAACAAAGUAAAGGCUUUCGUAAGAGGAGGGAUUGCCAAUGCAUCCAAAGAAGAAGCUGAAGCAGAUGAGAAGAAAGGAAAGCUGUACAGACCACAAACUCGAUUUUCAGAAGCAAAAAGCUUUGCACCAUCAGACAAACAUUUGUUUUCAGUAGAUAAAAAGGCUGCUAAGAAAGCAGAAAAGGAGAAAAAAAAGAGUAAUUUGGAGCUCUUUAAAGAAGAAUUAAAACAAAUUCAAGAAGAGCGAGAUGAGCGACAUAAGAUGAAGGGACGGAUCAGUAGAUUUGAGCCUCUUUCGUCAGACAUGGACUCUCAGCGACCUUCUUCGGAUGGUUCUUCAAGAAGAAACCGUCCAUCCAGUGUGCUUGACGAGUCUGCACCUGGUUCUCAUGAUGUAGGAGAUCCCUCUACAACUAAUUUAUAUCUUGGAAAUAUAAAUCCUCAGAUGAAUGAAGAAAUGCUUUGUCAGGAGUUUGGUCGUUUUGGUCCUUUAGCCAGUGUAAAAAUUAUGUGGCCACGAACUGAUGAAGAGCGAGCCAGAGAAAGGAACUGUGGUUUUGUUGCAUUCAUGAAUAGAAGAGAUGCAGAAAGAGCUUUAAAACAUUUAAACGGAAAGGUGAUCAUGUCUUUUGAAAUGAAAUUGGGAUGGGGUAAAGCUGUACCAAUCCCACCUCACCCAAUAUACAUUCCGCCCUCGAUGAUGGAGCACACUCUCCCACCACCUCCUUCGGGGCUGCCCUUUAACGCACAGCCAAGGGAGAGGUUGAAGAACCCCAAUGCUGCUAUGUUGGCCCCACCCAAAAGCAAAGAGGAGUUUGAUAAGACUCUGUCGCAAGCCAUAGUCAAAGUGGUUAUCCCAACAGAAAGGAAUUUACUUUCUCUGAUACAUCGAAUGAUCGAGUUUGUGGUGCGUGAAGGACCUAUGUUUGAAGCUAUGAUCAUGAACAGAGAGCUAAACAACUCCAUGUUCAGGUUUCUUUUUGAGAAUCAGAGUCCAGCCCACGUUUACUACAGAUGGAAGCUGUAUUCAAUUUUACAGGGAGAUUCUCCAACUAAAUGGAGAACCGAAGACUUUCGAAUGUUUAAGAAUGGAUCAAUGUGGCAACCACCUCCAUUAAAUCCGUACCUGCAUGGCACAGUGGAGGAUGAGCAGGAAACAGAAAUAGAGGAGGAACCCAGCAAGAAAGGGUCGCUAAAAGAAGAGCAAAGGGACAAAUUAGAGGAGGUUUUGCGUGGACUGACGCCUCGGAAAAAUGAUAUUGGCGAUGCCAUGGUAUUCUGUCUAAAUCACGCGGAAGCUGCUGAAGAAAUAGUGGAAUGUAUUGCAGAGUCUUUGUCUAUCCUGAAGACUCCACUGCCAAAAAAGAUUGCACGGUUGUAUUUGGUAUCGGAUGUGUUGUACAACUCCUCAGCUAAAGUCGCCAAUGCUUCAUAUUACAGGAAAUACUUUGAAUCCAAACUAUGCCAGAUAUUUUCAGACCUCAAUGCCACGUACAGGUCAAUACAAGGCCACCUACAAUCAGAACAUUUUAAGCAAAGGGUAAUGUCCUGCUUCAGAGCGUGGGAGGAUUGGACUGUUUAUCCUGAGGCUUUUCUGAUCAAACUUCAGAACAUAUUCCUCGGACUGGUGAAUCUUGCUGUAGAAAAAGAAGCCUCUCUACCUCCUCCAUCUGUUGUUCCUGCUUCAGUUCCGAUUGUCCUUGUACAGCCAGCACCAGUUGGAGACAUCGAUGGGGCUCCAAUCGAGGAAGAACUUGAUGGUGCCCCACUGGAUGAUGUUGAUGGCGCGCCCGUUGAUGGCGCGCCCGUUGAUGGAAUGCCCAUUGAUGGAAUGCCCAUUGAUGGAAUGCCCAUUGAUGGCACACCUAUUGAUGAUUUAGAUGGGGUUCCAAUAAAGUUGGCUGGAGAUUACUUGGAUGGUGUUCCUUUGGAACUACUUAACCAGACCAAAAAGCCAGCGUUCAAAAUGGCUCCUUCCAAAUGGGAAGCGGUGGAUGAAUCUGAACUUGAAGCACAGGCUAUUACCACCUCAAAAUGGGAAGACUUGGAUCAGCCAGAAGAAUCCAAAGAGAACAGGGAAGAUGAGGAAAGUGAAGAUGAAGAGGACACUCGAAGUUCUCGUUCAGAAGACCAACAGGUCUACUCAAACCCUAUUAAGGAUGAAUCCUCAGAAUCAAAACCGUUUACAAAGUUCUCCGAAAUGAGUGAAGAGAAGCGGGCCAAACUUCGAGAAAUAGAGCUAAAAGUUAUUAAAUUUCAAGAUGAGUUGGAAUCGGGGAAAAGGCCCAAGAAGUCAGGACAGAGUAUUCAGGAGCAAGCCGAACACUAUCGGGACAAACUGUUACAAAAGGAAAAGGAAAAAGAAAUGGAACGGGAAAAGGAGAGAGACAAAAAGGAUAAGGAGAAAUCAGAAUCUCGUUCUAAAGAAAAAAAGGAAAAAGAUGAAUCCACACCAACAAGGAAAGAAAGGAAACGACGGCAUAGUGCAUCUCCCAGCCCAGCUCGGAGCAGCAGUAGAAGAGGGAAGUCUCCGUCUCCACGGUGUGAACGCUCCGAAAGGUCCCAUUUAAAAGACAGCGCUCGUUCCAGAUCUUCUCAUAAAGACUCGCCAAGAGAUACCAGUAGAAAAUCCUCUAAAAGGUCGCCUUCAGCAUCUAGGACACCCAAGAGAUCUCGAAGAUCUCGUUCCAAGACACCUAAAAAAUCUGUCAAAAAAUCCAGGUCCCAGUCCAGAUCUCCACAUCGAUCCCAUAAGAAAUCAAAGAAAAGCAAACACUGACAUUUUAGUUUCUUUCAUUUGUUGAGGUGAAAAAUUGGAAUUGCAGUUAUGUGCCUGAGCAAACCUGUAAAGACACAAGAAAGCAUUCCUGGUUAAAUAUUUUUUUUUUUUUUUUUGGUGAAUGCGUGUGUAUCCAUGCUGUCUACCUUCCAUCUGUAAAGCCAUCACUGUUUUAUAUUGUAAAAAAACAGAAACCUUUUCAUUGUGUUUUGAUUUCCUACAUACCUUUGCCAAAAUCACCUACAUUAGGGAUCAAAUGAGUGUAUGGUCUCCUGGCAGUAGUGUUUUAUUAGAUUGUCAGAUGUGUUUUUUUUUUUUUUGUAGUUUUGACUUACAAGGAUUUCAAUAAAGCUACAGUUUCUGCAUUGGCAGUAAAUUGAAAACUUCUAGUUUUGAAGGACACUUAACCAAUGUGCUCCUUCCCUUGAAGCAGCGCAAUUAUUAGUGGUCUUCAUAAUGAAGGUGGCAAAAGGGCUUAUAUACACUGGCAGUGCUUCAACAGCUUUAGCUUCUGAAGUUUGUAGGUUUUUUUUUUUUUUUAAACACAAACAAAAUGACCAUUUCAGGCAGGUAGUGUCCUGUUGGAAUUUUCAGUGACAAUGCAUAGAGGACACACACCAUGCUGUGUCACCAGUUUACCUAUUGCAGUAUUUGUAAUUGUGGAAUCUGUUGGAAAUGUAAAUGUCUGUUAUUGAUGCACAUACAUACAUACUUGUAUGUGAAACUGAAGGGGUGAAAAAGAAUGUCCAUGUUUAGUGGCAUGUUAAAUAAGUUAGUUUGCACCGGAUUCUUACAAAUUUUGAAAUUGUUCCAAUUUACAUUAAAUUUUAGUCCGUAGUAACCUUUUUUUUUGGGGGGGGGGGGGGGGGGGGGGGGGUG